AUGGACUGCAAGCGAAUCGAGACUGCCGCGGCCCGAUAUCCAUCCCCUCCGGGCCUCAAACACACCUUUGGGACGGCGGGCUUCCGCGCCAAUGCCGAUACCUUGGACCGCGUCUUCUUCACCGUCGGCUUGCUGGCCGUCCUUCGGAGUAAAACGCUGGCUGGCCAAACCAUCGGCGUCAUGGUCACUGCCAGCCACAAUCCCGUGCAGGACAACGGGAUCAAGCUGGUUGACCCUCAAGGAGAGAUGCUCGUGUCGUCCUGGGAGACCCAUGCGACCACACUCGCCAACUCCUCCGACCUUGCCUCGAGCGUGGAGGAGAUCGUCAGCUCGGAAUCGAUCGAUUUCAAGCAGCCUGCCAAGCUGAUCUUCGGCCAUGAUACUCGUCCGUCGUGCGCUCGACUGAUCACAGCCUUCAAGGACGGCGUCGCCGCCUUGGAUCCUUCCGCACAAAUCAUCGACAGCGGCCUCAAAACUACCCCUCAAUUACAUUACUUGGUCAAAUGUAUUAACGACGGUGGCCUCUAUGGCACUCCUACUGAAGAAGGAUACUACAAAAAACUGUCUGACGCUUUUAUUGCUUUAAAUGCCCAAACGACGACCCCUUACACUCUGAUGGUGGACUGUGCGAAUGGGGUUGGAGCGCCGAAACUUGAGUUGAUGGCACCCUACCUGGAGGGCUCAGCACUCCGGCUGAAGCUCUUCUCGACAGACGUGGAUUCGAGUGGGAAGCUGAACAAGGAUUGUGGGGCGGACUAUGUGAAGACGACGCAGUCGGCGCCGGGCGGGGUGACGCUGGAGCCCCUUGCAAGGGCUUGUAGCUUCGACGGAGACGCCGAUCGGAUCGUGUAUUACUAUUACACAGAGAGCAAGACUUUCAGGCUGAUGGAUGGCGAUAAGAUCGCGACGCUCGUGGCGAGUUAUAUCAAGGAGUUGGUCGAGCUGGAAUCACCCGAUCUGAAAGAACACUUGCGAAUCGGGGUCGUUCAGACUGCCUAUGCCAAUGGGAACUCCACGAGAUACAUCAAGGAUCAGCUGGGUCUGGCCGUCACUUGCACGCCGACGGGAGUCAAGCACCUCCACCAUGCAGCCCAAACGUUUGACAUCGGGACGUAUUUCGAAGCCAACGGGCAUGGGACGGUGGUGUUCUCGGAAGACAUCCUCAAGAGACUGCCGGGGUCGUCGAAGCUGCUCUCGUUAGCCGGCCUGAUCAACCAGACGGUGGGGGACUCGAUGAGCGACAUGUUGCUAGUGGAGACGAUCCUGAAUGCGCGUGGAUGGGGGAUGGCGGAGUGGGAUGGCAAGUACGAGGAGCUCCCGAACAGACUGGUCAAGGUGCUCGUCUCCGACCGCCAUGCGUUUGUGACCGAGGAUGCCGAGAGGGUGUUGGUCAGGCCGGAUGGGAUGCAGCGGCAAAUCGACCAGAUCGUGGCUGGCUACCCCGCCGGGCGAUCGUUCGUGAGACCCAGUGGGACGGAGGACUGUGUGCGGGUGUAUGCGGAAGCUGCGAGCAGGCAGGCCACCGACGAGUUGGCAUUCCAGGUGGCUGGGAUGGUGUUCGACUUUUGUGGGAAGGGCGACAAGCCCAAAGAGUUUAUAUGA